AUGUCGCGCCCGACUAUUCACUACAACUGUGAUGCUUCGCUACACAUAUUUGACCACAUCGACAUCAACACCCAUCAACACCAACACAUCAACACUCUCACCAGCUCUCACCAGCUCUCACCAACUCUCACCAACUCUCAUCAACUCUCACCAACUCUCACCGACUCUCACCAACUCUCGCCAACUCUCACCAGCUCUUACCAGCUCUUACCAGCUCUCACCAGCUCUCACAGCUCUCACCAAUUCUCACCGACAUGUUUGAUCUACGCCUGA